AUGACGUCCGUUCAGGUCUCUUUGGCCGCGAGCAAUGGCGCCGACUCCAAGAUUACGUCCGGUGCCUCCAGCGCAUCCCCCAACGCUUCUCAACACAGCUCUACCGACGACAACUUGACCUGCCGCUGGAACCAUUGCAACCAGGUCUUCACAAGUCCCGAUACUCUCUAUGACCAUAUUUGUGACCGCCAUGUUGGCCGCAAGAGCACCAAUAACCUGAGCCUUACGUGCCAGUGGAACUCUUGUCGAACCACCACCGUCAAGAGAGACCACAUCACCUCUCACAUCAGAGUUCACGUUCCGUUAAAACCUCACAAAUGCGACAUGUGUGGCAAGAGCUUCAAGCGUCCGCAGGAUCUGAAGAAGCACGUCAAGACCCAUGCCGAUGAUUCGGUUCUCUCGCGUUCCAGCCAAGAGCACCUAGGAUUCAACUACAGAGCCCAAGGCCCCAAGGGCCCCAGCUAUUAUGACCACAACGGUCAAAUGCGGAGCAGCGGCUUCUCGCAUCCGAGUCAUGGUUACUACGCUCCGCAGCCUUCCACUGGCUAUGGUUUGUACUUCAAUCAACCCCCGAUGAAUACGCCUCGUGCCGAGAACAUAAGCUAUAGCCCCGCCACUGCUGGCGGUGGUUACGACCGCAAGCGCGCCUACGACAUGGUCGACGAGUUCUUUGGCAGCGCGAAGCGCAGACAGAUCGACCCCAACUCGUACGCCCAGAUCGGACGCUCGCUUUUGCCUCUGCACGGGUCCCUUUCUGUGUCCAAUGGACCCAUGACCACGACCACCACUACCGAGCAGUACAUGCCUCAGCAUGCGCCAACCAUGAUGCAUCACGGCCCAGCACCGACUCAGAACCCGCUUGCCCAGCAGUACUUCCUGCCGAUGCCGAACGCCCGCACGCAGAAGGAUCUCGUCCAUCUCGAUGCCAUCCUGGGCCAAAUGCAAGACACAAUCUACGAAAACGCCAACCACGCCACCGUGGGUGUUCAAAUCCACAAUGGCGGCGACAACAACAACAACAACAAUAACGGGUUUGGCGGUUAUCGGCACAGCCACUCGCCAACCGUCCUGCAACGAGCUUCUCCUACGGGUCUGCCCGUUUCGGCCGACGGCUACCAUCAUCACUCGGUGUCUGCCGGCAUGCACUCACCUCUGACGGCGCUUUCCUCGACCGGCACCCCUGCCGUCACGCCGCCAUCAAGCUCCGUCUCGUACACGUCUGGCCAAUCUCCUAGCCCGUCGGCCUCGUCGGGCCUGUCGCCUCAGUCCCGCCACAGCUCCAUGGCCUCGUCUGUCAUGUACCCUAGCCUGCCGACAAGCCUCCCCGCCGUCAACCAAGGCUUCGGCCAGUCAACCACUGCCACUCUCGGCCCAAGCUUUGACAUGAACGAACGACGCCGGUACUCUGGCGGCAUGCUUCAAAAGGCUCGAACCAUUCCCCCGAUCCGCCGCGCCGAAGAGUCCAGCGGCCGAACAACGCCAAAGGCUAGUGACUCGGCGGCGCUCUCUGCCGGCUCACCCUCGUCGGAGUCUGAUGCCAGCGAGGUGACCAGGGAGCGCGAGGAGCAGUACGACCGCUGGUUGGAGAAUAUGCGCGUUAUCGAGACCUUGCGAGAAUACGUCCGUGGCCGACUUGACCGAAAAGAUUUUGAUGCCGAGGAAGCGGAAGCGACUUGGCGCAGGGACAAUGAUGCUGCGGAUGUGGAGAUGAAGAGCCCUCCAAGACAGUUCCCCAGUCUCCGAGAGGGCAGCUCGUCUCUUUAUCCACGCCUGCCUGUUCCUGGUUCCUGA